AAAGAAUGGGUUUAUAAUUGUUUUACAGCAUAAAUUUAAAAAAGUAGAUUCAAUAGCAGAUGACACAGUCAGAUCCUAUUGUCUCGUUAAAUUAUUAGGAUGUGGGUAAAAUUGUUUCUGCUAUGGCUUUUAUUUGCCGUUUCAAAGGUUUCCUGCAUGUUUGAGUUCACCAAUGUUAAGUGUUCAUCUUUGGAUGAAAAAUUCUCUGGUUUUGAGUAUUGUUAUUUGAAAUCUGUGAAUCGGAGUUAUAAAUACCUCUCCCUAAAAGUAAACUUGUUCAAAACGCCUAUAACAAAGAUCAAAGUAAAUUUUGCAAUUUAUAAACGCUAUAAUGGCUAUAGACCUUUUAUGUAUAAUAUUACAUUAGAUGCCUGCAAUUUUUUGAAAAAUCCCAGUUCCAAUGCAGUAAUGAAUUACUUCUAUGGAUUUUUUCAAAAUUUUUCAAACAUGAAUCACACCUGCCCCUAUGAUCAUGAUAUCAUAAUAGACAAACUAAAUACAAAAGCGGCUAAUUUCCAAGUAACCAAAGUUUUGCCUGUUCCGGAGGGCGAUUAUCUCUUGGAAACUCGUUGGAUAGCCUACGAUAUAAAUCGAGCGAUUGUAAAAGUUUAUUGUUCUGUUUCCUAGACAGCUAUAAGUUCUAUCGGGGUAUCUAUUUAAUAUGUUACAACACGAAAGCUCUUAUUCAAAUGAAACGAAGAUACAUUUUUGAUUUUGCCUAAAUAAAAAA